AUGAGACGGAUGCCGGAGGUGUUGAGAAAUGCUGUGAGGGAGAUUGCGGUUAUGCCGCAUUCAGAUCACUGGGGUGUUUGGCGCUCCAUCGCUAGGUUAGCCAUCGAUAAAUACCCUUUCUUCGCCAAAUGGCGAGACUUGGAUGAGGCAGCUGUCCACGUUUACGAACGAACUCGCGGCGGCAGACCUGUCGUGCGCCAGCGUGUAUUGAAGGAUGAGUACGACGUGUGGGAUAUCUGGAUCCUGGUCCGCUUUUUGGAACGGCGCCGUGUCUUGCAAGAUGACUUCCUUGUAGUGGAGGAAACAAGCGAGAUCUUUGGCAGGAUUGGUGGCACUCAUCUCGGCUAUCGAUACAUGAUAGAGUGCGUCGGCUGCCACACUGAAGAGAUAACCCCUAUCAAGAACAAGUCCUCUCAGAACGCCAUGUUAGCUUCUGUGGGUCUGGGAGGACCAUUGGAAGGCAUGGAAGACUGGGACCUGGUUAUUCUCAAUUAG